AUGGCGUUCGCCUUGCAGAGGACCCUCUUGCGGGGAUUACUCAGCGUUGUAGUUGCCGUCUCUCUUCUGAUGCCAUGCGCUGCUGCUGCUCGUGUUGAUGAGCAACCGCCAUCAUCGCAUCAUGAGAACACCACCAUGACUGACCUUUUCCGAAAUCAAGCACUUCUCCGCAACAGUGUCAUGGACUAUAAGGUUGACACCCGAGCCAGCUCUGGUGAUAAUGGCGGAGGAGGUGGGGGUGGCGGUAAUGGAGGUUUUGGAUGGGGGUGGGGUCGUGGUGGUGGCGGUGGGGGAGGAGGAGGUGGGGGUGGUAACGGCGGCGGCGGUGGAGGUGGCGGCAAUGAUGGAGGCGGCGGCGGCGGCGGGAAGGGUAGUGGUGGUGGUAGUGGCAGAGGCAGAGGCGGUAGCGGCAGCAGCAUUGGUGGCGGAGGUGGUGGCGGCGGAAGCGGAAGCCGUGGUGGUAGUGGAAGCGGCGGUGACAAUGGCCACGGAGGAGCUGGAAGCGGGAGCGGAGGUGGUAAAGGUAGUGGCAGCGGCGGUAGCAGUGGUGGAGGAGGCGGAGGAUGCGGAAAUGGUGGUGGCAGUGGCAAUGGCCGGGGGGGAGCUGGAAGCGGGAGCGGUGGCAUCAGCGGUGGAGGAAGCGGAAUUGGUGGUGGCAGUGGCAACGGCUGCGGAGGUGGUAAACGUGGUGGCAGUGGCGGCAGCGAUGGUGGAGGAAGCGGCAGCGGUGCUGGUGGAGGUAAUGGUACUGGUGGUGGAGUUGGUAACGUAAAAGGAGUAAACAAAGGGCACGGGAAAGGAAAAGGCGGUGGCGAUGGAAAAUGUGGUAGAGGUCAUCAUGGGAAAAGAGGUGGCGUUGGCCAUCGAAAAGGCAGCUGCGGCGGUGCUGUCACUCGAGGCGGCAGUCGCGGAGGAACCAUUACAGAGGGAAGGGAAGACUAA